AUGGGAAUUGACUCAAAAAGCAAAAAGGAUGCUGCCCUAAGCCCCUGCAUCGCUCGCACGUCAAGUCCCUCAAGAAACAAAAAGGCAACCGCCCUCAACCCUUGCGUCGCUCGCACGUCAAGUCCCUCAAGAAACAAAAAGGCCACGGCCCUCAACCCUUGCGUUGCUCGCACGUCAAGUCCCCAAAAAAAACAAAAAGUCCUCCGUCCUCAGCCCCUGCGUCGCUCGCACUUCAAGUCCCUCAAAAAACAAAAAGGCCGCCGCCCUCAGCCCCUGCGUCGCUCGCACGUCAAGUCCCUCAAGAAACAAAAAGGCAACCGCCCUCAACCCUUGCGUUGCUCGCACGUCAAGUCCCUCAAGAAACAAAAAGGCAACCGCCCUCAACCCUUGCGUUGCUCGCACGUCAAGUCCCUCAAGAAACAAAAAGGCAACCGCCCUCAACCCUUGCGUUGCUCGCACGUCAAGUCCCUCAAGAAACAAAAAGGCAACCGCCCUCAACCCUUGCGUCGCUCGCACGUCAAGUCCCUCAAAAAACAAAAAGGCCACCACACUCAGCCCCUGCGUCGCUCUCUCGUCAAGUCCCUCAAAAUACAAAAAGGCCACUGCCCUCAGUUCUACGUCGCUCGCACGUCAAGUCCCUCAAAAAACAAAAAGGCCACCGCCCUCAGCCUCUGUGUUGCUCGCACAUCACGUCCCUUAAAACAAAAAGGCCUCUGCCCUCAGCCCCUGCAUCACUCGCACGUCAAGUCCCUCAAAAAACAAAAAGGCCUCUGCCCACAGCCCCUGCGUCACUCGCACACUGACGCAUCGGACAGAGGGCUGGGUGCAGUCCUGUCCCAGGAGAUAGAGGGAGAGGAGCGGCCGGUGCUGUACAUUAGUCGCAAGGUGACCCACAGGCCGGGGGCGCAGAUGGCCGUGGCGGACUUCCUCUCCAGGAAUGGGGGGGGGGGCUGCGGGCCGGGGGGCUCCCCGGCCUGA